GAUCGGUCAUCUCUCCCUUGACCAUGCCCCAGCUCGACACAUAGUCCGGGCCGAAUGAGAAUCUAUCUAUUCACUUAUAAUCUACCAAGGAUUGCUUCUAGAAAUGACUUUCGAGACAACUGUUCCGCGAAUCUUAUUCAUAGACUCGUAUGAUUCAUUCACAUUCAAUUUGGUCUCACUGUGCAGAGAGGCUAUCCCCGACUGUGCUGUGCAUAUCAUCAAGAACGAUGCGUUCACCAUAGAACAACUACUGCCCUUUCUCCCGCUAUUCUCUGCCGUGGUGGUUGGUCCAGGGCCCGGAUCUCCGCAAAACGACCAGGACAUUGGUGUUAUCAAGGAUCUUUGGGGACUUGCCGCCAAUGUACUGCUCCCGAUCUUCGGUGUGUGCCUCGGGCUGCAGAGCCUCGGUGUUGCGUACGGAGCGAGGCUGGAGCGAUUGAACGUCGUGAAACACGGGCAGGCUUCCCUUAUCCACCAUACCGGCCGUGAACUUUUCGAAGGCGUUGGGCUCGUGGAAGCUGUGCGAUAUCAUUCGUUGCAUGUUACAUUGCUGGAUGCUGGCGAGGUCGAGCAGCUUGCAUGGGCAGAUGAUGGCAGCGAGAACGGGCUCGUCGUCAUGGCGAUGCGCCACACUUCCAAACCAUUCUGGGCUGUGCAGUAUCACCCGGAGUCAGUCUGCACUCAAGGAGGAGGGAGGGAUGUUGUGUCGAAUUUCUGGAGCUUGGCACAAACUUGGUCGAACAAACAUGGGCGUCGCACUCUUCCAUGGAACUCCUCAGCUUCCUCUACUUUUGGAAAUCCGUGGCCUGUUUUCUCUCCCACAGAUGUGAUCGUGUCACCCUCGGCUCAGUCUCAGAUUGUUUCGACUCGUAUCCUCGACCUUCCCAAUCUCACUGCUCGCCAAGUCUGUGAACUUUUCGGUGUAGCAAACGACGAAUCUCCGUUCGUCUUGCUCGAUUCGGCAGCUCAACCUGGCCGACAUUCCAUCAUUGGCUCGCUUCUUCCGUCUUCGCCUCAAUUGAGCUACUUUGUUGGGGACGCCUAUGUAACACUCACACAACACGGCCAUUGUUCGGAGCAGCCUUUAGAAGAUCGGGAUAUCUGGAGCUGGGUUUCACACUUCGUGAUGUCCAAGGGAGACUACCGUGGCCACCCCGAGAUCCCUUUCUGGGGAGGGCUCGUUGGCCUUCUCAGCUAUGAGAUCGGGGUCGACACACUGACAGUCCCCCUUCGCCAAAAUAGAACAAGGCGACAUCCUGAUCUGAACCUCGUUUUUGUGGAGCGUUCAGUAGUCUUGGGUGCUGGUACCGGACAGGUUUUUGUGCAAUCGCUUCUUGCUAAUGACGAAGAUUGGGUCGCGAACACUGCUGCCGCUUUACUCAAGGCCGAUUCAGCAAACUUUGUUCCUCGAUCAAAGCUUCCCGAAAUACAGCCUACUCUUUCGAUUCCAAACAAAGCCCAGUACAUAUCUCGAAUCCUCGAGGCACAGGAGAGCAUUUCAUCCGGAGACUCGUACGAACUUUGUUUGACUGCAAGAACGACCGCCAAUUUCCAGAGUGCUGGCCGACCUCCUGGUUCUCGCUCAUGGAACCGAUAUCAAGCCUUGCGCUCCAAGAAUCCUGCUCCUUAUUCAGCCUACAUCCGACUCCAUCCUACUACGUUUCUGUCUUCCUCCCCGGAGCGCUUCAUCUCAACGUCUCGACCCCCGAGGUCCGUUUUCCAAAUGCGACCCAUCAAGGGUACCGUCAGGAAAGCGCCUGGUAUCACGCGCGCCGUCGCCGAAGCGGCCCUCGCGGGGAGCGUCAAGGAAGUGGCGGAGAAUCUUAUGAUCGUAGAUUUGAUCCGGCAUGAUCUGCACUCUGUGCUCGGCGAGGACGUGCAGGUGAAACAGUUCUGCAAGGUGGAGGAGUACGAAACUGUGUGGCAGCUCGUCAGUGUGAUCGAGGGCAAGCUGGAUCCACGGCAAUGCGGUCGAAGGCUGGAGCAGACAUUGGGGUGGGACACGUUGAAGCGCAGUCUGCCUCCCGGGAGCAUGACCGGUGCACCCAAAAAGCGAAGUGUGGAGAUCUUGCGUGGACUCGAAGACACCGAACGCAACAUCUACUCCGGAGUGUUCGGGUAUUGGUGUGUUGGUGGAGGAUCAGAUUGGUCCGUCACUAUCCGAAGCUGUUUCCACUUCGACGAUCCAAGCUGUCCGGACGAGAUAUGGGAGAUGGGUGCAGGAGGUGCGAUUACUGCGUUGUCUGACGCAGACGACGAGUGGGAUGAAAUGUUAGUCAAGUUGACCAGCGUUGCCCGCUCGUUCACAACUCUCUGAUCCGGGAUGGAGUGCUCUGAGACUGUAUAAUAGUAUUAUUUGUAGCAUUACUAGCCGCCUUCAACAGGGCACCUAGCCACCUUCAACGGGGCACAGCGUUUCCGAUACAUGACGAGUGAACUGAUUACGUAAGUCAAGUCCGGACAGCGCGCCGACGUCCAUGUUCUCCAGACGGCCUUCCACCCUCUCCGUAUAUACACCUCCCCCGUCAUCCCAGGGAACAGUCAAAAUCGUCCAGACAGAUGAUCUUCCAGAGGCUCCCGCGCUCUCGAGACAAGUAUCGGCGUCCACGUCUAAAAUACCCUAUGUCUCUGAACUGGACCCGGACGAGUUGUUCACCAAGCGCACGAUUGCCGAAGUGAAGGUCGCACAAAAUAAACUGAGAGCCGAUGCCGACGCGAAGCAAGAGGAAUUGAGGUUGAUGGUGGGGGAGCGAUACCGAGACCUUUUACACGCCUCCACAUCCAUCAUCGCCAUUGCGAGCUCUUCGCACCGGGUCAUCGAGGCUUUGAAUGAGGCCAAAGAUGUUAUUAUGUCUCAAGCCGAGCCUCCAGUCCCUCAACGAAUGUCCUCCUAUAGAGGUGGUGAUGGGCAUCUGCACACCCUUCAAUUGCUUGCUGCGCAUAUGAAACUACUUUUGGACGCGCCCGAAUAUCUAUGGAGGCUUAUGGAGCGCAAAAGAUACUUCACAGCUGCAUGGCUCUUUCUUCUAGCGCUUGUGGUGCACCAUGCUUUGGUACGGAGUGACGAUCAGGAUGAAGAUUCAUGGCAAUCGCAGGGUAUUGAUGUGCUGGUCAGAGCAAUUCCCACUUGUUCAACGUCAAUGGGAAGCUAUCCUCCCAUUCCGUUCUCAAAUUAUACAUCGAGCAACGUUGUCAUUGCGAGAGGCCAGUGGAUCUGCGGAGGCAAGCUUGAUAUUUGUGCCGCGGUUCUAUCUUUGCAUUUGUUGGACUCCCGACCACUGUCGGAAGCGCUGUCCCUCUUCCUCAGCCAACGUUCCAAAACACUGCAAGGAUUCUUGUCGCGUAAGGCAGAGGGCACAGCCACAUCUCCAUCCGUAGGAAAAUCCAACGGACAUGUGCCAGAAAAGGUUGCAUCGAAGAGUUCGCUCAAAGAGGUCAAGGAGAUCACGCAAGCUGCCGUGGUCGCUGUUGUGGACACUAUCCGAAUAUGCAGGGCUGUCUUCCAAGACUCUGCGUCCAAGUCCAUGGUUGCUGCCGUGCUCGAGUACAUCCAUUCAGACUCCACGCAACCCGAUAACAAGGCACUCUCAUCAGAACUCAUGCUGACAACAGAAUCAUUGUUGGUGGCGCUGCCCUCCUCUACCCAGUUCUUACUCCUCCCCCCUGCUUUACGCUCGUACAAGCCGCACGUAAAUCUCUCGUCAUCCUCGUCCAUGAUUGAUCCUGUGUACUUCACCCAAACCCUCGAUUCGUGGUUUCAAUCAUCGAAUGGGAGCCUCGAGGUCGCGGUCUCAAAAUGGUUUUCGGAACUGCAUCUCGCAUCCGACGUUUGGUCCUUGCGACUUUCCAUAUGGCGGUGGAUCACAAUUGCUGGUCUCGCCGAUACGGAAUCAGAGGCUUUGAAGUCCAUGUUCGAUCGCACGGCUCGACAGCGGGUUCUCGACAUCUGGGCCAAGGCACUUGGGGAUGCUCAGACCGCAUUCAAAACCCAGCUUGAAGCAGCGACCGCUUCAAUCCGAACUACGCAAUCAGUCACCUCUUCUGCGCAAUUCCUAUUCAAUGCUCCGGCGCUCCCUGUUAUGGGCGCAGGUCACGCGGACGUAUCAUUCGAGAAGUAUCAGCAGUCUUUGCGGCAGCAAUUGCUUGGACGAACGGCUCUCCUGGACGGUGUUUUAUUAACCCUGGAAAAUUGUGCUAGAUCGCUCCAACGAGAUUUUGCUAUCGUGCACGGCGGCGACACUGACGAUCGGGCUACCCUUUCGAAGCUGACAGAAGAGUAUCAACCUCACGCAGAUGAGCUGUGUGCGGGGAUUUUAGACACUCUUUCCUCGGCCGAAAACUCUGAGGAUGACAAUGAUACUUCAGUCAACACUCUUGUCUUCCUGAGUCAUAUUGCGGACGAACUUGUCUCUUCCAUCUUCAUUUCAGGAAUUCGAGCAGGGGAGCAGACUGUACAAGAUUUCCAACGGCGCGCAGAAGCUCUUCGUGAUCGAAUCAUCGAUCGCUGGAGAAGUCGCAUCGUGGCGCAAAUCAUCUCACAGCAAACCGAUAGGCCUACUCUCAUGGUGGUGUCACCUGCACCAUCGCCGGCGUUGAUUGAAGCUCUUCUCAAAUUAUCCACCUCCAUCCAGGAGCUCACCCGGUCCCGGAACGUCAGCCCAGAGCCUGAGAAGACUCUCCGGCAUUUUAUAACAGAAUGGGUCGCAGGCAGCUCGAAACGUGAACCUCAAUCACAUUCAGAUAUCGUUUUCCUCCGCUACCUCGCCAGUCUCUACCGCACAGAGUGGGACGACUUGUGCUCUCUGCUCGAUGCCAAAGCCCAGGAAUGCCAGGAACAUUCCGAACUCGAGAUGCCAAUGGUCGAGAGCGGAGCAUCGGAAUACUUGACACGAACACAGACUCUGUUCGCGCCAUUGCUUCCAGUGCGAUCCCGCAUGCUAUCACUGGACUUGACGACAGACAAAAUGGCACCGCUGUUACCGUUUGGUUCGCCACCGACCGGAAUGCCGUUCCAGUCUGCCGUAGAAGUCGCAAAAACGUCUGCGCGAUUCGGACUACUGCUUGUAGGCACGGUAUGA